AUGCCCAUGAUGGCUCCCGAAAUAGUCGCCGGUCACAAGAGAAAGCGAAUCGCCGAAAAAGGCGCCGCCGAGAAACGCUCCAAAUCAAAAUCUUCCUCCAAAUCCGCAGCCACGGACGGCGACGACGAACAAGCUCGAAUCCUGCUACUAGAGAGCCAAAUCACCGAGUCGCGACGCCACUACAACAAUGUUGUCGAGCUGAUCAAGCUGGCGAAGGAUGGCGGUGCGGAGGAGUCGGCAACGCUGGCCAUCAUCGCGCUUUGCCGCGUUUUCUGCCGGCUGCUGGUCGCUGGGAGCAUGAAGAAAAGCAAGGGCCUGCCGGAUUCGGAGGUCAUGAUCAUUCAGUGGUUGAAAGAGAGAUACAAGGAAUAUGUGGAGGUGCUUCUGCAGCUGUUGAAGGGUGGUGAGCCCGUUUUGCAGAGCACUGCCCUUACUCUAGCCAUGCGUUUGGUCAAGGAGGAGACGUCAGCGCAGAAGGGGUCCGGAGAAGAUGCAUGGAGAAACGGCGUGUUCUACCAAUUGGUGUAUACUUUGGUCGCUUCACCUGCUGCCGAGCAUGCGCGCGAGGAGUUUGUGGAGAAGUUCAUUGAGGAGCAUGAUGAUGUCAGGUUUUAUGCCCUGAUUGCGAUUGCAUCGUGCCUGAAAAACUCAUCUACGCCGGCGGAGCAAGAACAGGUUGUUGCCAGCAGCUUGUCGAUCCUUUCUACCCUGGAAGGUGUACCGGAAUCCAAGGAUGAGCUUGAGGAUUUCUAUGGCCCGGAGCCCGACCACCACAAGCACCCGCUCUAUUCGCUGUCUGCGCACAGGCGACAAGGCCAAGAUGCCUGGCUUGCUGUAUUCCGCGCCGGCCUGGACAAGGAGCAAAGGAAGACUGUUUUGAACAUCAUGACUUAUAAAGUCACACCGUGGUUCUCCAAGGUCGAGAUGCUCAUGGACUUUCUCACUGACUCGUAUAACGUAGGCGGCGGUACCUCGCUGCUCGCCCUUUCCGGCGUCUUCUAUCUGAUGAGGGAGAAGAACCUGGAUUACCCGUCGUUCUUCACCAAACUUUACUCCCUACUGGAUGAGGGCAUUCUGCACUCGAAGCACAGAUCAAGAUUUUUCCGUCUCUUGGACGAGUUCAUGUCGUCCACUCACCUGCCGGCAGCGCUGGUGGCCAGCUUUAUCAAGCGACUCUCGCGGCUGGCGCUUCAUGCACCACCAGCGGGCAUCGUUGUUGUCGUACCUUGGGUGUACAACAUGCUGAUGAAGCACCCUGCAUGUACAUUCAUGAUCCACAGAGUAACAAGAGAUCCCGAAGCGCGGAGAAAGCUUGAAGAGGAGGGUAUGGAGGAUCCGUUCAGAAUGGAGGAAAGCGAUCCGAUGGAGACCGACGCGAUUGAGAGCAGUCUCUGGGAACUCGAGACAUUGCAGUUCCACUAUCAUCCCAACGUCGCCACCCUUGCCAAGAUUAUCUCUGAGCAGUUCACCAAACGGUCAUACAACCUGGAGGAUUUUCUGGACCACUCGUACAAUGGGUUGAUUGAAGCAGAGUUUGGCAAGGAGAUAAAGAAGGCACCAGUUGUGGAGUAUGAGAUCCCGAAGAGAAUCUUCACAGCAGAAGGCUCUGACUUGGGACCUCUGGGCGGGCUCAUGACCAAAGUUUUGGAGACUUGCUGA